AUGGAAAAAUUUGAAGGAAUAUUGAGGGAAAAGAUGAGAACAGGGUGCCAUCAACAUCUCAUGAAGGGCACCAUGACACUUCACUACUUGUCUCCCAUGGCUUCACCCCUGCCGGCCUUCUCAAAUGUUGCCCAAGGCACAGCUAGAUUUCCUAGUAUUCAACUGUGGGUGGCAUUUGUUGCAGGUGUAGCAGUUUUAUUAACUGGCUUUUGUGUAUACUUCUGCAACAAGAGGUGCUACUUCAAGCGAAACAAGAAGAAUAAUGCUUCUAGAUGUGAUGAGGAUGGUAGCCAGGAAAAGGUACAACUAAGGCGGUUCCAUCUUGUCGAACUAGAGAAGGCCACCAAGUCAUUUAGUGAUGAGUGCUUGAUUGGAUCGGGUGCCUUCGGGGAUGUGUACAAGGGCAUUUUUGAUGCUGAAGGAGCUCUUGCUGUCAAGAAACCACAUGCUGAUUCAUAUCAAAGUAUUCAAGAAUUCAGAAAUGGUAUUGUAAGAUAUGUCAUUGGAACAGAGGUGGAGCUGCUUUCAAGAGUAAAGCACAGGAAUCUUGUUGGUUUGGUUGGCUAUUGUGAAGAAGCAGAUCAAAAGAUAGUGGUUUAUGAAUAUGUUCCCCAUGGUUCUCUACUUGAAUAUAUAGCUGGAAGGAGAAGGAAGAUGUUGACUUGGAGGCAAAGAGUGAACAUAGCCAUUGGAGCAGCAAAAGGCAUAGCUCAUCUUCAUGAAGGCGUCCAUCCGAGCAUAAUUCACAGGGACAUCAAGCCAAGCAACAUAUUGGUGGAUGAUGGGUUUGAAGCCAAGGUUUCAGAUUUCGGGUUGGUGAAAUCAGGCCCGGACGGCGAUGAAUCCCAUGUUAGCAGCCAGAUCAAGGGAACACCUGGCUACCUUGAUCCAGCCUACUGCUCCAGCUUUCACUUGACUCCUUCUAGUGAUGUCUAUGGCUUUGGAGUCAUACUCUUGCAACUUGUGGCUGCAAGACCUGCAGUUGAUCUCUCAAGGCCACAAUCUCAAUAUCAUAUCAUUGAUUGGGCAAGGCCUAGCAUAGAGAGAGGUAAUGUUCAAGAGAUAAUAGAUACCAAUUUACUACUCGAAGCAUGCAGCAUGGAGAUGAUGCUCAAGAUGGGUCAAUUAGGCCUCAGAUGUGUCAUCGAUGAGCCCAAGGAUCGACCUACCAUGAGCCAAGUUGUGCGAGAGCUAGAGGAGGCACUAGGUUCCACAUCCUUGGCUCAAAAUCAACCAUCAGGGGGUCCAUCUAGAUCGAUAGCAAGCGGAGAAUCCAAUAGUUUUAGCAUUGAUGGUGUUCGGUUGCAAAGAUUUCAUUUAGAGACAGAUGAUCUGACAAUCCAUAGUGCAAGUAUGAGGUGCCUCGACAUCAAUAGCAUCAGCUUGGAUGCUUAGAAGGGUGAAUUGGCA